AUGAGGACCAAAAGACUUUCUCCUGAGAAGGAAGCCUUGUACUUCAUCUCUUCAGAUCAGGACAAAGCCAUAUUUCAGAAGACAUUUAUUAACAAAGACAAAGGUUAUGGAGUUUUUGCUACUGAAGACAUUGAGCCACAACAAUUCCUGCUGGAAUAUGUUGGAACACACAUCACUGGCUUUGAAGGAGAGAACCUGCUUAAUGAGUAUUCAGAAGUAGAUGCAGCAUUUUUGUUUUUUUACAAAUUUCAAGGAAAAAGCUACUGCGUUGAUGGUAGUAAAGAUACAGCAAGACUUGGAAGAUUCAUGAAUGAUGAUAACAUCAAACCAAACAGCAAAGUUAAAAUCGUAUUGGACGAGCAAAAAAGACCACAUCUGUGUGCAUUUGCUAUCAGAAAAAUACUGGCAGGAGAAGAAGUUGUAUUUAACUAUGGGGAUGAUGCGUGCAAAUGGCGACAGAAGACUGCUGCAUCCUCUUGCAAUGAGCAGACGGAAAAGAAGGAAUCCCGAUGGAAGAGCUCACUAGAAAAUCUCGAGUCUGACCCUGACGUGACGAAAAUCGAUGGUCUUCUCUUCAAUCCAAAAACUAAGAUUGCAGAUGGAUGCAAUGGGGCAGAAGUCUUUCCAGGACUCUUUGGCAACUGCCAUGUGGCAGUGAAACGAGUUGUUAAACAUGUUGCCAACAAAGAAAUGGAAAUGGCAAAAUUACUAUGUUCAGAAAAAUUAAUGGUGAAACAUUUGUUGCAGCCCCUUGAAGUGUUGGAAGACUCGUGCUUUGCUUAUUUUGUCUCCCCUCUUUGUGAGUAUAAUCUCAGAGACCUUAUUGAAAAUAAAGAUUUUCCUGAGAGACAAAACCUGACUGAGCAGUGGAGACUGGGAAUCUGCAAGGAGUUAUUGCUGGGACUUCAGGAACUCCACUCACACAGAAUUUUGCACAGAGAUUUGAAGCCUCAAAACAUCUUGUUUGGUGUAAACAAUAAAUUGUAUAUUGGAGACUUUGGGGCAAGCGGAAAACUAGAUCCAACAAAAUUCACCACUUCUUCACAAAUAUCUGUAACUUUGUCCUGGUUGAGUUACGAGCAAGCUCAAGAGCACAAGUACAAGAAAGAGUCAGAAGUCCAAAUCGCUGGAUGCUUGAUGCAUUACAUCCUCACAGAUGGUCAACAUCCCUUUCAACAAACAACACCAUACUACAAGAAUGCCUUUGGGAUAUAUGAAAAUGUCAAAAAUGGCAAUUUCAAUCUUCACUGUGAGGAAAGAUGGAGCAGCCAAAGAGAUAUGAUUUCCCGGAUGCUGAGUAGAUCACUCGAAGAACGUCCCACCAUUGAAGAAGCUCUUCAGGCAUUCAUGUGUUUGGCACAUCAACCUGAUUAUUAUACUGCAACUGUGGUAAUGUGGCCUUUUUGUUAAGUUGUUGC